AUGUCUAAAAGUCUGGAGAAUGUGGCCCUGGGGCUCCGAUCCAAGUUCAACGAGAACGUAUACAAUGUCAUUGGACUGGACAUGAAGGGCGCUCCUUCGUUGAUUUGCAAGCAGCUGAUUGUGCAGAACUACUGUCCCAAAAUUAGUGUUAUCUCUACAACGAGCUCGGACGCUCUAGCCUCCAGUUUGGGAUUCGGCAACUUUUUGGAACUUCUGAGGUGUUUUGAGCAAGGCCUCCUGGAUCAGGAUCCCGGAAUAACUGCUUCUAAUGGCUCCAACUUGAGGCUGACAGUGCGAUUUGUCAGUCCCAUCAUGGACCAGUUACGAGAACAAGAAGAGUUUUUGCAAACGAGAAGGUCCAGUUUAGGAGGCAGCGCAAGCUUGGGUGGCUCAGAUUCCUUCAGCCAAACGUUUUCCGUGUCAGAACUGUACAACCUGAACGCGUUGGACCCUUUCAUAAACGACCAUAUAAAAGACGUCGACAGCAUAAUUACCGCGAGCGAUGACCCUGUGCAUAUAAAACUCGCUCGAAAUUCCAUCUAUUUGAAGCUGCUCACAAAGAGCAUCUCGUCCACAACGAUUUCGUCUUUCGAGUUCUUCAACCAUCCAAUAGUGCAACUGUUUGUCGUCACGUCUGCGGACUCGUUGGAAACAGUCAAGGAAGCGCUGUCUGGCUGGAAAAGGACCGCAUACCCGAGCUGGUUGGACAUUGAGUCGAUAUUAGAGCUGGUUCUCAUCGUUGUCGACCCAGAAAAGGAAUUGCAAGAUGGACUACGUCUGCAGGAAGAGCUCAAACUAGGUGUUGGGGUGAAAAGUCUCAUUGUACCGCUAAACAACUCCGGAGACAACGUGGACGUUGGGAAGCCUAUUUUUGCUCAGUUAGGAGAGGAUAUGGCCAGAACGGAGUCCUCUGAGCGCGGACUCCCACGUCAAGUCUACGAAACGUUCAGUGAUCAAAUUCAGGAUAUCAUUCAUAAACAGCUCAUACCUCACAUGGAAAGAAAGGUCAGGUUGUGGACAGAGGAAUACGUGGCUCCUCGCAAAAGCUUUACAGGGAGAUUCUUCAAUGCUGGAAAGAAAUGGGGCGGAAACGGCGCCAAGAAAUCGUUUUUCUCUUUUGGUAGCAGCGAAAAACUCGAAACCACCCCGGAGCCCAGCGGCUCGAGCUACAACAAGAAAGACGGUUACUACAGCAUCAAGUCGCCGGAAAUGGCCAUACGACGUUUGGCAGACUGGAAUUUCAUGCUUCGCGACUAUCGAAGCUCGUACACGACGUACGAGCUGCUUAAGAAAGAUUUUCUGAAUGACAAGGCGUACAAUUAUCUCGCUUCGCUCCAAGAGUUCAUGAUCAUCUCUUUAAUUAUGGGCGCAAGCAAUAAGGUCAAUCCGUUAGAUAAGCCACCUAUCAGCAUGGUGAUGAACGGAAUCACAGCAAAAAUCAUAUCUGAGGUGAUCAAUCCGCUGGUGGACUCCUCGUUCUACUCGUACCUGUCGCGGUGCAAUUUGAAGACGUACAGUGUCCGCUUACUCCUGAUAAUUGCCGAGCUUUUUUUCAUCCUCGGACAGUCGACAGCAUACUUUGGGCACUCCCAGGCCUCUGCAUCUGCAUUGUACUACAAUGAGGCAAUCAAUCUGUUUACCAAGUUGAUCGACUCGCACCUUUUAGAAAGCACGACCAACGCCGUAUUAAUGGAACGGGUUGCAUACAUUUAUUCCACCUUUGGCCAGCCGGAGAAGUCUCCAAAGACCACUGUUAAAGAGUCCUACUACGAGCAGGAUAAUCCGCGGAAGCUCCAGGUCCCCAAGCUGCUCUCCUUUGGCCAGACCAGACAUCGCAAGUCGAUCCUGUGGCUGCUUCUGGCUGCCAAAGAGCUGGACCCGGUCUCCAAGCCAGCACAAACAAGGCUUCUCGUGGAAUGCAUCGAGGACGAAAUAGCCCAGGUCCCAGGUCAUGACGUCGCUGCGUGGAUGCACAGGGAAGACGGGCUUUUGUACAGUUUGAAAAAAAGCUUGGGUAUAUAG